AUGGGUGCUAGAUGGAUAAGAAUCUCCACAAGAAACAUUGGCAUCUGCCUUGACAUCGGCUUCCGGGACUUGAGCAAAGAGCGCAAGCAUCCACACAGACACGCACACUCACGCAAGCCAUCCCACGUUCGACAACCGAUCAACGAAAGAUGGGCGCUGAAAAGGCACCCUUCACUUUCGCGCGGCCUCGGCCUGCGGAUCGUGAUUAACAUUGCUUGCGAUAUUGCGUUCAUUUUAUUCGGCUAUGAUCAGGGCGUGUUUGGUGGGAUUGUCAAUAAUCCCAAUUUUGUCAAGACCUUUAACUACCCCAGCGCCAGUUUGACCGGUAUCAUCGUGUCAAUCUACAAUAUUGGUUGUUUCCUCGGCUGCAUGCUCAACAUAUUCAUUGCCGAUCGACUGGGAAGACGUCGAUGCAUGUGGGUUGCCAUGGCCAUCAUCAUCGUCGGCGCCGUCAUCCAGACGUGCUCGUACUCGGUAGCGCAGAUGCUCGUGGGCCGAGUCAUCACCGGCAUCGGCACCGGCAUCGAGACCUCGACUGUCCCCGCCUACCAAGCCGAGCUGUCCCGCCCGGAGAUGAGGGGCCGUCUAAUCUCCUCGGAGGUUGUCUUCCUCGGCGCCGGUAUCGUACUCUCCUACUUCUUCGACUUUGGCAUGUCGUUUGCUCCGGGACCCAUCUCUUGGCGCCUUCCCCUUGCUCUACAGAUUAUCUUUGCCAUUGUUGUCGUAUUCGCCGUCUUUGUACUUCCCGAAUCUCCCCGAUGGCUCGUCAAAAAGGGCCACGUCCAAGAAGCUGUCGAGACUAUUUGCCGCGUCGAGGACAUUCCCGAGGACGACCCGUACAUCCAAAACUUCCGCAAGGAGAUCCUCGAGACCCUCGCUCUCGAGCAGUCACGCCCCUUCCAGUGGAAGCACAUCUUCAGGGGAGAUUCUGUUCAGAGCGGUCGCCGCCUCUUACUCGCCUGGGGCAUGUACUUCAUCAACCAGAUGGGCGGUAUCAACCUCGUCGUCUACUACGCUGCUUUUGUGCUCGAGACUAGUAUCGGCAUGGAACAUAAACUGUCGUUGAUUCUCGGAGGAUGCAUUCAAGUCAUGUUCUUGCUAGGCUCUUUGUGCCUGCCCUAUGGCUCGAUCGAAUGGGCCGCGUAA